AUGAUUGAGAGUAGUUUAUAUGGAUUAGUACAGAACAUCCCUAAAGAGCUUAAAAAACAUAGUAUUAAGGUAGAGAGGAAUUAUAAGUUUUAUAAAAAUAUAGAAGUGCAAACACAAAAUAACUUAAUCAAAGUUAUAGAAAGAUCAGGACUUGAUAAAAAUAAACAAAGAAUAGGACUGUCAGUAAGUUAUAAAGAAAUAGAAUUACCUGAUUUUAAAUUUACUAAUAAAGGAACCUUUGAUAUUUACAUAGUUAAUAAAGAUGGAUACACAAUUGAGUUUAUAAAAUUAAGUGAUUUAUUUCUCGUUAAAACAUUUACAAUUAAUGAUUUAAUUACUGAAAAUGAUGAAAUAAUGAGUUACGCAAUUAAAGAAUUAGACAGUUUAAUAAAAUUAUAUAAACCUGAUAAAGUAAAUCCAUACUGGUAA